ACACAAUCGCCGCCGCCGCCGUCGCUGCACUGCUGCAGUCACCGACACCACCCAGCUCCCCCCCCCCAAUUGCCCGGAUGAGAUCAUCGGGCACGGUGUGUCUAAGAGAAGUGAAAGGGAAAAUCGUAUUAUUAAUAUUAUUAUUAUCAUCAUUAUUCAACUAUAUCUAUAAUAAUAAUAUAACGAUAUUGGUCCAUCGCUGUAGUACAGACACUGUAGGCGCACCGUUCCAUUAUCAAUAUUAUUAUUGUUAAUGCCGUGUAGGUAAUAAAUAUUCCGCCGCUCUCGAUUCAACAGUUGUAUUCGGGCGUUUAGCUAACGAAAUCACCAAAGAGCGGUGUCCGACGCGCACAAAAGAACAUCGAAUAUUAAACGUUUCGAAUAAUUGUUCGUCUGUUUUCGUUUACUGUGUAGGUACUAUACUCCGUACUUUAUUGCGAACGAGAAAAUCGAAUCCAGCAAGUUUUGUUGUGUAGCAGACACUUACAGUAGUGGUAGUGUAUGUCCAUACAUCUACAAUAUACUGCUGCAACGUUUAUCAUAUUAACGUCUUAAACGAUUGUCGUUGUGUCGUAAUAUUGGCGACGGUUAGAAGAUGAAUAAAAAGUGUGCCAGAUGUGAGAAAAUUGUAUAUCCCAUUGAAGAGCUCAAAUGUCUUGAUAAGGCUUGGCACAAACAAUGUUUCAAAUGCCAGUCCUGUGGCAUGACAUUAAACAUGAGAAAUUACAAAGGAUUCAAUAAAGAGCCUUACUGUGAAGCACAUAUUCCAAAAGCAAAACAUACAACUGUAGCUGAAACACCAGAGUUAAAAAGAAUUGCUGAAAAUACAAGAUUACAAUCAAAUGCGCAAUAUCAUGCUGAGUUUGAAAAAACUAAAGGAAAAUUAACGCAAGUUGCAGAUGACCCAGAAACAUUGAGAAUAAAAGCUAAUUCAAAAAACAUAAGUAAUGCAGAGUAUCAUGGUGAUUUUCUGAAGAAAGCAGAGAUGGAACAACGUAGGCAUUUAUCUAAUGGGAACAAUGCAGCAAAUAAUAAUGAACCACUAAAAAAAAAUGUCAUUGUGAACAAAACAAUUCAAGAAAUCAAUCAUAGUAACACUGUUAAACCAAAUAAAGUACAGCAAAGUUAUAACAGUGGAAACACUAGGUAUGCGCCUCAAAAAGUUGAAAAUACACAACACCACCCUAGAGUAGAAGACUCUUCAGCUAAAAUUCCUGCAUGUUUAAAUCGUCAAUCUUCUACUUUAAUUUAUUCAUCUGAUAGUGGAGAUUUAAUUACCAGUUCAUACAACAAUCACAUUGGUUCAAUAGCUGACUAUGAUCCUAUUAAAAAACAACCAUCAUAUGGUGGUAUUAAGUAUACUAACAAUUCUGAAAGUCAAAACUAUAACCUUGGGAGAGUGUACCGGGCUAUGUACGAUUAUGAAGCUCAAGAUCUGGAUGAAGUUUCAUUUACUGAUGGAGAUUUAAUUGUCAAUUGUGCCGCUAUAGAUGAUGGUUGGAUGACUGGUGUUGUACAGAGGACAGGUGAAUCUGGUAUGCUACCAGCUAACUAUGUUCAACCUGCAGCAAUUUAAUUAUGAUUAAUAAUUGUGUUACAUAUUAUUUGUUUAUGUUUAUAAUAUGGUCAAAACAUAAUAAUUUUAUAUUAAUAGUAAUUUGUUUCUACUAAUUCACAAAGCUAAUUUAAUAUGUAUUGCUGUAGGUAAAGAAAUUAAGAGCCACUAAUUUAUGUGAUAUCAAACAUGUUAAACUAAAACUAAUAUAAGAUCACCUAUCAUAAAUAAAUUAAAUAAUACAUUCCUAAAUUUAAAAAAAAACUAUUAAGUGAAAAAACAUUCCAGUAUUUGAACUAGUAUUGAUAUAUAUUUAUUUUAUAACUUAAAAGUAAAUCUUUAUAUUAUAUGCACUAAUAAAGUGAUUAACAUGAGGUUAAAAUUAUUUUAAAUUUAUACAUAACUAUGAUAUAUAUAUGUGCUUAUUCUUUUUUAUAUAAAUUAAUUUAUUUUUAGUCUUAAUGAAAGCAGUGUUUUUUUCAAUAUUGUUAAGACAAAUUCAUGAAUGUAUAAGACAAAAUCUUAGUAAAUUAACUACCUUCCUAGUAAUUUAUGUUAAUACACUUUUAUUUUAGUUUACAUAAAUGUCUUCAGCUUGUAUUACAUGCUGACAAUGAAAAAAUAAAUAUUUAUAAUAUAAUUAAAUCUUAUUUUGAAACAUUACCCUAUAUAGUAUAUUAUUUAUUUUUGGGUAGAUACAAACUACUUCUGUUAUUCCCAUGUUUGUU